AUGGAGAGCCGCAUUUCGAACCUCACGGUGGCUGUAGACUCCGGAGAUUUCCGCCAGGCGAUUCGCACGGCGAAUCAGAUGCUACUCUGGUCUCAGAAGCAGCUGCACUGUGACCCUGAGGAGCAGCUGCACUACGACCUCUUGGUGAAGAGCAUCAAGGUCAUUAUCCUCACGAGGCAAGGAAAGACUGGAGAGGCCCUCGACCUGUUGCGGCAGUUGCCGCGGGAUGAUCCCGAGUUGAACGAGUUUCUCUGCAUUGCACACAAGGAGCUUCGAAACACAACUCGGCUUUCUCCCUGCCGCACGGCGGCGCUGCCAAACUUGACACUGGCGGAGGCUCGGGAGGAGGCGCAGCUGCUGGAAAUGUGCAGCAGCCUCGAGAUUGACUGUAACCACGCGCUGCGGUUAUACAAGUCCUACCGGCGGCCGCGCUAUCUUCUCUGGGCAAUAGUUUGGGCGUUGAUGCCUUCUCGACACCCGAGUGCCCACAGACAGCUGCAGCUCGCCCAGCUGCUGCUGCAGCAGUUACCGCCGCCGGACCCUCCCAAAGUGAGCCCUCAGACGAUGCAGGACCCCAAGGUGAAUACACAGUUGAAGGAUUCAAACGCAGCUCUGAUUGUCCAUAUAUCCGUCUUGCGGCAAUGCAACCGAGCUGACGAGGCGCUUGAGCUUCUGAAAAAGUAUUCCAAUUGCUGCAUCCUGCCUGGCGAAUUGCAGGCCAUGAAGAUUCAGCUGCUCACUGAGAGUGGCAAACUGAAGGAUGCUCUUAGUGAGGCUGCCAACGCCGUAGACAGACCGGAAAUUUCCAGCGAGUUCAUUGGCGCCUUCAUCCGCCUUGCUGCAGCCAACGGCAAGGAAGCGACAGAAAAGGCCUUAAAGAAGCUGAGAUCUUUCAACAGCUUUCAAGGAGCCACUGCCGCUUUGGAUCUUUUAGUGCAAAGAGGGCUCGAAAUUUUGCAAGGGCACGACCGGUUGCUAUCAGAACGCGGGCUUGAGGCCUUGUGGAUGGCAGUGGAGUGCCACGGCGAUCCUGUAGAAGAGCUUCACAACUUCUUUAAAAAUUACUCUAGCCAUUUCUGCGCUUUCCGCUUCUUCCGGGCUUAUGCGAGCCGCUUGACGGAACUCCAGCGCCUAAAGGCGCGAGAUUUCCUGCUGCAGCUGCGGCCUGCGGCACUGGCAGCUGCUUCUAAGCCUGAGGCGGCGGCGGGGGACGUGCGGAGCUUGUUGACGAUAGACAAGUCACUCUUAGCACUCGGUGAAUGGAGAGACAUAACAGACAGCUCGGAGCAGCGGCUGCGGGAAUGGCGACAGCUUUUUAUGCAACAUAGCGGGCGCCAGAGAAUAGAUUCUUUGCUGGCAGAGCUCAUUGGAGUUUCCGUCGAAGUCUUGCUGAGAUGGGACAAAUCAAUGGUUGACGCGCAGGUAGACAACAGCAGCCAAGAUGAGAGUACUUGGGUGCGGCGUCGGUUCUUAUUUGAAGCCCUCUCAUACGUAGACGCGGGCCUGAGUAUGGAAGAGCUGCGCACGUCCCCGCUGCUACAUCAAACUCGGGUAGCUUUGUCUUAUGUCAUUGGGGAUCUCUACUCCAUUCAUGCCUCCUUUGCUGCAAUGGAUGUAAAGGAGUCGCUGCUGCUUUCCCUUGGCCUGUACCUCACGUGCACUCAUUUCGACUAUGGCUGCCUAGCACACAUGAGCAAAAUGUGCAAACUAUGGAAAGAAACGCAGGAAGAAAUGUCAAACACAUAUGCGGAUUAUAUAUCUGCUACAAUUGAAGAGGGGAGCUUCUCAUGGAUCCCGGAGUUUCGCUUGUGGGGUCUCAUCACUGAGCAUUCCCUAGAAGGCACACUGUCAUCGCUACAGGAAGCGUUUUUUCAUAUGUACGAGCAAAGUGAAGUCAUACUUUUCUGGAAUCUUUCGAGUUCUCUUCACUCGCAGCCGCUUGCUCCGUUGCUGCAGUCAGGGUGUUUGCGCGCUGCUGCGCUUUGCCGGGGCCCGGUGGAGUGGUGGCUCACGGCGGCUGGCCUCAGCCAUGCAGAUAGAGGGCUGCAAGGUGGUCUCCUUAAAAAGGCCCCAGCGGGCGUUUCUUUUGGUGCCCUGGCACCCCUUACCUGCUCAGACUUGGGGCUAACCUCUGUCAGUCUAGUGACACACGAGGAAGCCUAUGCGCGAGAGCUUGCGCACCCCAUUCGCAGAGCCCUGCAACUUCACAAGUCCAGGCAGGCCCUCAAGGCCCAGUUACAACGGAAAGACGGGGCUACCAGUUCCCCAAAAGACACUUCAAGUCCCACACUUCAAGAAGGCGCCCCACAAGAAUCUUCAAGCCCCGCUGCACCAGCGGAGCCCACGCAAGAUGCACUAAUGAGUGCCGCAUUCAACGAAGAAGAAAGAGCUCUGUUUGCGGUGUGGCUGUCAGGACUGCAUCCAAAGAUCUGGCGCAGUGCGUGGCCAAGCCGCUUGUUGGGUGCUGAGGCCAGCCACGCCCUGUCCCGCCACGAAUUCGUCUCAGGGCCUCCUAGCCCAGAGUCCCCCCUGCCCACAGGGGCCGUGGAAGAGGCCUCUGCUUCUUGGGAAGCCAGUGGCUCGUUGUACAGACCCGGACUGAGUCAAGCGGAGGUCAAUGUGCUUCAGUCCGUCGCGGGCGUUGUGAGAGCUCUUCCAAAGGAGGUCCCAAGAUGCCCCGAAGCCCCUGAGGCUGGGAACAGCCUCAGGAUGACCAACGGUGUUGCGCCCGUGUCGCGUGCUGCUGAAGCUUCCGUCACAUCUGCAGAAAGUAGCAAUAACCCGCAAGCUAUCUGCUGCUUCUCCCGGACCUGCGCUGCCUGUCGGCCAGCCAACGCAACGGCAGCGUCUGCUUGCGGAACAGACGCGCAAAGCAUGGAGGCAGACGGCGUCCUUGGAGGGACUGAGGGAGCUCUGAAAGAAGCUGUCGGCUCCCUUAUUCGCUCAAUCCCAGGAAGGACGAGACGCCUUCGCCUGAUAUUGACGGUGAUGCAGCCGUCCGCUGAGUUUCAAGAUGAUAGGCUUCGCGCGGCUGAAGACCUUAUCGCGGAACUUCAACAAGUCACAGAUGAGUGCUUCACGAGCUGUUGCGAUGCCGUUUUGGCCCGCAUUCGGGAACUGAAGGGCAUCGACGGGCCGGCAUUAACCACAGAGGUUAAGGGCCUCCGCUUGCCUGUUUUUGAUGCGAUGUUUGGCUUGAGCCAAGUCGCAAGUGUCUCCUUAGCCCUGUUUUUAUCCGUUCUUCAGCAACUCGUGCUGUGGCAUCGGGCCCUCAGCCGAACCCUUGGCACGUCGUCAACCGCUUUCUCCGUCUUGCUGAAAGACGUGCAGCCUUCAGUGGCUGCAUUCCUAGAGCAUAUCAAAGAGAAGCGCGAAAGUCUUGUGGACGCCACCGAGGUCGCAACCCAACUCGAGGCUAAAGGCCAGCUUCCCUGGAUGGCGUCUGCUACAGAUUUGCCCUACGCCGCGGCUGACGACUCUCUCAUGGAGAAGGCCCGGGAGAGACUGCGCAUGCGUCUCUGCAGCUCUUACAUUGAGCAAGCAGUGGUGUUAUGCUCGGUUCUCCGGUACCGCAUCGCAGCGUUUACAAUGUGGCUGGAUCAGGGAUCAGCGGAAUCGGGAUGGAAUCCGUAA